AAAUAGGUUGGUGCGACACCGAGCGCCAAGUCUCCUUUGCGCCCUCUCUCUCUAUCUCUGUAAAUAUUUAUACCAGUAACCUCGUUAAAAUGUGCCCCUCAUCAAACCCUAGUUGUCCACUCUCUCUCUAAAGUCUCAGAGCGCGGUGGUGGAGCGUAGGAGAAACCCUGCGUCACCAUUACAUCUCUCUCUAAACUUAUCAUUUUUAUGUAUUUCCCGCUCUCUUUCGUUACUUCUUUUACAGCAAGGGGCAGCAGAUCACAAAAGCCACAAAUCAUCCAUGCAUUCGCCUCUCCGUUUCUCUCUCUAGAUCUCUAAAGCUCACGACCCAAUAACCUCUCUCUAGCACCAGAUCUUCACUUCUCAUUUCCGAAAAAUGGAGAGCAUAAGGAGCUAUUGGGGUAGGAAGAGCUAUCAGCGCCUGAAUCGCUCUGGUUCGAGGAGGAGCAGAGUGGAAGUGGCGAGAUUGGGCUCGAAAAGGAGGCGAUUUUGGAGAAUAAAGAUCACUCCUAAGAUCAAAUUCAAGAUCCCAAACCCUAAAAAGCUCUUGAUUCGAUUAAGGGACGCUUAUGUCAAGGCUAUGCUUAGCCUGGCCAAUUCCAGGGCAUUUACCGGCGGCGGAAAUUUUUCCGGCAUGAGUUACGGCCAGCCGUUUGCCAGGCCUCCGGUGAAGGAGUACGAUGAGAAGAUGUUGGUGGAGAUCUACCGUUCGUUGAUGGCGCAAGGGCAGAUCGUGGCCGUUGGUGGAGUGGGCAAUGAAAUUAACGGUCGCCGUUAAAGAGUUUUCCGUCGAGAGGUAGGAGAAGUUACUGUAAAGCCCAUGACCACUUCGGAUAAUUCCCCAGAUUGGCCUGAGAUUAUUGUGAUUGACCAAUGGGUCCCUCUAUUUUGGAAGGACGGAAUUUCCCCUAGGGGAAAUGGUGGAUUGGGUGCCCUUUUUGUUUGUUAAUAAUAUUCAUGAGUAGUGUUUCAUGUUCAUGUUUAGAAAUAAUGAACAUCCAAUGAUUGUUGAUUCACAGAUAAGGAUGGCAUCGAUAGAUUAAGCUUGCAAAAUGUUACAUUUAUAAGUUUUCUUUUACUAAAAUCUUCUUUAAUUUCCUAAAA